CCUCCCGCCUGUUGGUACCAUUACCAUACACAAUUUCGAAUUCCUAUUGCAUCUUCCCUAGGGUUUCUGUUUGAGCACGAAAAUGCAGAGAUGACUCAAGCGCAGCGAUUCAAUCUUGUUGAUCCGUUUCAAGGACAGUCAAUUAUCUCUCUACACCCUCGAACUUUUGGUGAUUCCAAAGAUGCGCUGAAAUCCAAAGACCUGGAAGCUAUUCACCAGCACAUGAAUUCAAUGGCAUUGCAAUUCUCUGAUAAGCAUUUUGAGAAAGCAAGGUCAAUUGUGGAUGGUGGCUCAGAAUUCAUUAACACCAAUGAAAGUGAAGCUGAUACAAUCGACAAGGAAAACCCUCAGGCGAACCGACCAGCUUUGGCCCGGAAACGUGCUAAGUUCUCUUUGAAGCUGGAUACAAGCCAGCCUUCUACAGUCCUGGAACCAAGUUUUCAAAUUGAUCAGCUGCAGGAUCCAGAAGAAAUUUUUGCAGCCUUUGAGAAGUUUGAAAAUGCCAGAAAAGAAAUGAAGAGGCAGAGAGGCGGCGAAGACCUGAAUGAAGCCAAAGUUUCUACUACUGCUAGGCAUCGUCGACCUGAAAUACCACGGAGAAAAACUAGUUAUAAGCAUCAUGAGUACUCCAGCCAGUCUAAAAAUAACACAUCCUUUGCUCAAGAGUCAUUGCAAGACAAUAUUGGAAGUCCACCUGCUCUCUCUUUGCAACAAGAACCUGGCACCCCCAAUUGGGAAUCCAAGGAAGACGAAGUAUCUGGAUCAAUAACUAAGAAGGAGGAUAGACUCAACAAGCUAGUUGAUGAAUUAAUGUCCAGUAAUAUCGACGGAUUAUAUGGAAAUGAGGCUUUGUCCUUUUUGAAAGAUCAUUUGAAGAUCAAACCUGUUUAUAUAAGCGACUUACGACUUCCUGAUAUUCAUGAUAUCCAUAGACUUGAUUUCAUUUCUCCACCCAAUAACUUAACAAAAGGCCAGAGCAUGUUGUCUGGUACACACGCUUUACCAGAUGCUUUAAAAGGGCAAACACUUGGGAAACAGAAAAAGUUAUCUGACAACCCCUUUCAUUCUCUAGAUUCACCCACGCCACCUAGGAGUCCAUUUUUGGCAAUUUCAACAUUUGGAAAACGUAUGUUGAAAUCAAUCGAAUCAAAUGAUCCAUUCUCUGCCCAUGAUAUUGAUUCGAUUCCCACCACUGCUUCUACUGAAAUCAUUGGCGGACACUCAACUCAUGUCAGCAAGGAUAAGGAAUUCCCAGUUUCAGGCACACUGGACUCAUUAGCAAAAAACAAAGUUAGAGAAACUGCCAUUGAUGUAACACAUAAGGUUUCAGCUGGAGCUUCGAUUAAUUCUCCCGAGUCUGAUAAGCUUCUCAAUGAUAACAUGAAUGGAUGCUCUUUUACCAGUCUAUCAGAGUCUCUGAUUGGCAUGGAGGACCGUGAUCAGUCCCAUAAUAUGGAAGAAAGGGAUGUGAAUGACAAUGAAGUCGGUCCUUAUGUAGCAACUGAUAUUCAAACAGAUGAAGGCAUAAAGGGAAAUGCUGAAGAUGCGGUGCAAAAAGCGGCAUCUGUUACACUACUCCAUUUAAAUUUUGAGGAGAUUACUGAUAAUGUUUACCUCCAAUGCUUACAAGACAGAGAGGAGAAUGUUGGAGAUAUGACAGAGAAGGCAGGAUCAUCCGCUUUACCAGAAGUAAAUGUUGAAGUUUCUAGGAUAGAGGACUUAGGAGGCCAUCGGAGUCCGUCAGCUCAAACAGGCGCUAAUUCUAUCGAAGGCCUUGGUGCAAGCGGACCUACUCAAGAUCCUGAUAUUGUUCCUGAACAACAAAACGAGGAGCACCCAAAUACAUCAACGAAUAAGAGAAAGAACAGAACAAGAACACGGGAAGUUGAUCAAAGAAAGAGGCGCCAGAGUUUAGCAGAGGCCGGCACUUCAUGGAAAUCCGGUGUAAGAAGAAGCAAUAGAGUUAGAAGGAGACCUUUGGAAUAUUGGAAGGGAGAAAGACUCUUAUAUGGUCGAGUCCAUAACAGUUUGCCAACAGUUGUCGGUGUGAAGUAUAUCUCUCCGACUACGGACAACGGGAAACCUGGUUUCAAGGUGGAAUCCUUUGUCUCCGAUAAAUACAAAGAGCUCGUCGAUUUGAUUGCUCUCCACUGAUAUAUCUUCUAUUUUGCUUGAGCAAGAACCACAUACGAGUCCCUGCUUUUUUGCAUUGUGGAAUGGACAUAUGAUAUUACUUCACCACGUCGUCCAACCAUGUUAGCCUUUUUAUUAACGAACCAUUAUAGCAUCGUUUUUUUGGUAA